AUGAGUGAUACUCGAACAAAACAUCGCUUCACUACUUGGUUUGGUUUAAGUAGGAUCAUUUUGUCUAUAAAAAAUGGCCGCUCAUCUUCCAGAAUCCCGAAUUCCGAUUUUGGCAUGGAUCAUGUUAUCAACGAAGACCUCGAGCAAGUAAUUUUUGGCAAGCUCCGGAAUAAUCAAGGCUCUAUCGUCAGCGGUGUUAAACGAUAUCUCGGGACGAUAAGACCGGAAAGUCAUGGGCCAGACCCAUCAACUGAACCUAAAGAUAGCACUGCUGGACUUCCAAUUCCGGAGCUUGGAAAAUCAUGGACGAAUUGGGCGCAUACCAUUACCUUUACACCACAAGCCAUUAAUCAUUUACUUAUGACGA